CCGCCGUGUGGUUUCUCAUGCAGGGCACCAUUAGUUAAAGAAAACAGAUACGACAGAUUCCUUUGUCAAGUUCUCUCUCUCUCUCUCUCUCUCUCUCUCUCUCUCACCACUAAUCCCUUCCUCGUCUUGGAAAAUUCGGCAAAUGUUUUGAUUCACCCCAAUUUCUCACUCUUCUUUCUUCACACCUCAAAUCUGGUCCUCUUCUUCCCCCUUCUCUCUCGCUCUACCUCUGCCAACUGCUAACACUUUCUCUAAAUUCGUCACCCUAAUUGCUGCCGGCGGGGAUAAAAAAUGCUGCCUUACGCCACCAUCGACGAGGCCGCUGCCGCGCUCGGCAGGAACCUCACAUUCGCGGAGACCUUGUGGUUCAAUUACUCGGCUAACAAGUCCGAUUACUUUCUCUACUGCCACAACAUUCUCUUCCUCUUCCUGAUCUUCUCCUUGGUGCCUUUGCCUGUCGUCUUCUUGGAACUCGCUCGAUCUGCUGGUUUCGAUGGGUACAAGAUUCAACCUAAAGUCAGGCUUUCUUUCGAGGAGAUGUUCAAGUGCUACAAGGACGUCAUGCGCAUGUUUUUUUUGGUUGUGGGUCCCCUGCAGCUUGUGUCUUAUCCUUCCAUCAAGAUGAUCGGCAUAAGAGCAGGGUUACCAUUGCCAUCAGGAUGGGAGAUUUUGUCGCAGUUGGUGGUAUAUUUCAUGAUAGAGGACUAUACAAAUUACUGGAUCCAUAGAUUUCUGCAUGGUAAAUGGGGAUAUGAAAAAAUUCACAAGGUUCACCAUGAAUAUACAGCUCCUAUUGGAUUUGCUGCGCCUUAUGCACAUUGGGCAGAAAUUUUAAUACUUGGAAUCCCAUCUUUCCUUGGGCCAGCUAUUGCUCCUGGGCACAUGAUCACGUUCUGGUUGUGGAUAGCUUUACGGCAAAUUGAGGCAAUUGAGACCCACAGUGGAUAUGACUUCCCUUGGACUCCAACAAAAUAUAUCCCAUUUUAUGGCGGUGCUGAUUAUCAUGACUACCACCAUUAUGUUGGAGGACAAAGCCAGAGCAAUUUUGCUUCAGUAUUCACAUACUGUGAUUAUAUUUAUGGAACCGACAAGGGUUACCGAUAUCAAAAGAAGCUCUUGUACAAGUUGAAAGGGGAGCACAAAAGUGAUGGAGUGCAGAACGGAGGCUCUCAUGAUAUUCGUAUUGAGGAUCUUAAACUUGACUAGGUUUGGGACUAGAGGACUCCUUCAGAGAACAAUACCCUUCUAGUAUUCAUUCGCCAAAGACAGCACUUGGAGACGCCUGAUUUCUAGUUGACAUCAUUAAAAGGCUAGAUGGUAAAUUAGUGGUUAAGGUGGGGAUUAACUGAGGUGGUUCAAAAAUAUGCUUUGCCCAAGCUAGCCAGGGGAUUUCAAAUUAUAUGCGUUAAGAGUUCAAGGUUUUGCAUGUAUGUUGGUUUGACCUUGGUUUCAAAUCAAGGAAUCUGUGGAUUAAAUUAUAACUUGCUUUUGAGUUUUGUUCAAUGGUUAAUUCUUCUAGCAUUAAUUCAGACACGGAUGUUAUAUUUGCAAGUGAUAAA